CUCCGAUCCGGCAUUUAUACGCGCUCUGUCGCUCGACAUUCGAAAACGAAGUGCUUGGAAUGGUGCAUGCCGCCUAACGCAUGGUGGGACUCGAGCAGACAAUGUCAUCCAGUCCGAAUCGCGGAUCGAAAGCGGCUGGUAUGAACAGUCGGCCGACCAGCAAGGAUGGCUCCAAGAAGAAUAUCUGGUCUUCGCUGCUAGACGGCGUCGCCAAUGGAAAGCGCUUGCCUGAGAAGAACCUUCUGAUCCUAGGAGGUACCCCAGAGACCCAGAGGGAUUUCCUUGAGACCUUUUCUGCAGACCUCUCAGCGGAUCCCAGCUUAGUGAAUGAGAAACGAAAGGGGAAGACGCCGCCAAUUGCCAACCAGUUUGCCCUGGGAUACACAUAUCGAGAUGUACUCGACGCCGAUCAAGAAGAUACGCUGGCGCGUGUCUCGGCCUACCUGUUGUCCGAACCCUCUCCGUCAUUCGCUCCGCUUCUCAAACCUCUCCUGACCCCUCAAUCCAUCCCGGAAACGCUGGUUGUCAUUCUGAUGGAUUGGUCUGAACCCUGGACAUGGAUGCGCAGACUACGAGAAUGGGUCCGUCUUCUUCGUUCUGUCCUCGUUACGCUCGACGAUGAUACAAAGAUCGUCAUGGAGGAAACCAUGACAGAAUGGCGCGACCGCAAACGAGGAAUGGACGCCAACUCUGCUGCGGCGGGAAGUCUGCCAAAUUCCGGUGGACCAGUCACAAUACCCCUGGGACCUGGCGAGUGGGAUGAAGGACUCGGUAUCCCGAUGUGUGUCGUUUGCCAGGGAGCCGAUAAAAUUGAGAAACUUGAAAAGGAUCAUGGCUGGAACGAAGAGCAAUUUGAUUUCAUCUUACAGUUCCUGCGAACAAUUUUGCUGAAGCACGGCGCAUCACUCAUUUACACCACACCUUUCCUUGCCAGCUCCCUCCAGAGCUUGAUCCACUCCUCACUGGGAGUCCACUCUCUUUUGAAACGCCAAUCAUUAAAACAUAAUGUCAUCGACCGGGAUAAGAUCCUCGUGCCCGCAAACUGGGACUCAUGGGGUAAGAUCCGCAUUAUUCGUGAAGGGUUCGAUAUGGAAGGGGCCUCGACGGCCUGGUCAAUCGAGAUUCAAGAUCCCCCCGAGCCGCUGGAUCAAAGCGCAGACAGCGCAGAGGGCGAAGAUGAUGGCACAAGUGCCGUGACAGUGUUCGAACAAACCAUCAAAGACCCUAAGCGCGACACCUCAAUCGCCCACCCCACAGCCACUACCCGCGGCUCCAAGAUCGAAGUCGAGACUAACGACAUGCAAUUCUUCCUUGCCGAUCAAGUCGACCUCCUGGAGCAGCUCAGAGCCGAGGACGAAAAAGAGCGCGCCAAUCAGCAAGUCCCGCAGCUGGAGAUGUCGCCCAUGGACGAGGGCAAGGUCAACGAGCACAUCGGUCCUGUCCAGUUCAAUAUGGGUGGUAUCCAGGUGGAUGCAGAAGAUAUGCUGAAGAAGCUUCGCGACCGCGAAGCCAGCCGUGCCCCAAAAAGAGAAGGACCGCCCACAGCCCCUGGCGACGAGAAAGCUCAUAACCAAGCCCUGGCCAACUUCUUCGCCGGCCUCGUCAAGAAGCCCGGUGGCAGUCCUCGUGGAAGCCCAUCUGCUUGAUUCCCCAGGCUGUAUUUUCGUUCUGUGAGCGUACAUAUUGAGCUGGUUGAUAUCCUGUUGACUUUACGGCUUUG